AUGCCGUUUAUGAUUGGUAGAGCACCUAUACGGAGGACAUUAAAUUAUUUAAACGCUGGUAAAUUAAUUUUAAAAGAUGAAAUACAAAUAUUUUCAGUAAAUUAUAAUACACAUGGAGUUCAUCACAAAGGUGCUAUGGAGUUUGUAUUUUGGCAUUUAUCACAAAUUCAAUAUAAAAAUCCAGAUGUGCAAGUCCUCACCUUUAAAAAUAUGACACCAACACCUUUUAUAAAAUGUUACUAUGAAAAUGGAAAUACUAUGUUAAUCGAUGUAGACAGCAAAUCUAAAGAAGAAAUAUUAAACCAUCUUCAAAAAGUAAUUGGUAAAUCAUUGGAAAUACAGCAAAAGGAAAGGGAAGCUAAAGAAAAGAAAGAUAAUCCUGCUAAUUUUGGUGUUGGUUGUCCUAGAAGCUGUAUGUGUGUAAUACCUGAUCAAGUACCAUGUCCUGCUAUAGUACCUUUGCCAUAUCAUAUGCGUGGAAAAUACAAUAGGCAAAAAAUGUUAGAGGAAAAAUAA